UGUGUGAGAGUGAUGAGGGGCGCUUCACCUUCAAGAGCCACUGGCCAUCGACUACGCUCACCCCAGCUGGAGGAACUACGCCGACAGUACAAGCCUUUAGGUUUCUCUGCAAUGAUGAACGUGAAGGAGUUGCAGCAGUUCCUAGGCUUCGCUAAUUAUUACAACAGGUUCGUGCCACAAUACGCAAAACUCGCAGCACCACUCACGAAUCUGCUAAAAAAGAACACGGCCUAUAAAUGGGAGACGAAGCGUCAGGAAGCCGUGGAGCAGCUGAAACAAGCACUCACGUCUACACCAGUACUCAUCUUGCCAGAUCCCGAACGCGACUACGUCAUCCAAGCUGACGCCAGCGACCAAGCAGUGGGAGCAGUCUUGAUGCAAGACCAGGGGAAUGGGCUGCAACCAAUCGCCUACCUCAGUAAAAAACUGCACGGGGCUGAACUGAACUACCCGAUACAUGACGAAGAGGCCCUUGCUAUCGUCAUCGCCUUCAAAGCGUGGAGAUGUUAUUUCGAAGGACGAAGAACAACUCUCUACACUGACCACUGCAGCCGGGAAUAUUUGAAGACACAACCAAACCUUUCCAGGCGGCAGGUCCAGUGGAUUGACUUCCUCGAGACAGACUUCCACUACGACAUCGUGUACAAGCCCGGCCACAAAGCACACGCUCUUAGACACUUUGGUAGCAACAAGACACUGAUCGGUAUUGCAAAGCACUACUACUGGCCCAACUUGGCAGAAGAUGUUCAGAUAUUCGUCACCUCAUGUGAUGCAUGUCAACGGAUGAAGAGAAGCAAGCAGAAGAAAGCGGGACUACUGCAGCCUCUUCCUGUCCCAGAACAAUCAUGGCAAGUGGUUAGCAUGGAUUUCAUCACCGGGUUACCACCUACCACCAGAAGUCAUGACGCCAUCCUUGUCGUCAUUGACAAAUUCUCCAAAAUGGGACACUUCAUCCCGACACACACGACAUCACACACCAAAGCAACAGUACAACUCUUCGUUCACUACAUCAUCUCACAACGUGGCAUUUCAACCACACUCAUCUCCGACCGAAACCCCAAGUUCACCAGCAAGUUCAGGAAGGAACUAAUUUCUCUGCUCGGGACCAAACUCGCCAUGUCAUCUGCCUACCAUCCGCAGAUAGAUGGACAGACUGAGCACCUCAACCAGAUUGUCGAGCAACUCCUCCGAGCAGCCUGCAAGGACGAGAUCUCCAAAUGGGACUUACACCGACCCGUUCUCAAGUUUGCGUACAACAACGCUACUCAUGCCGCUACUAGACAAACACCGUUCUUCCUCUGCUACAGACGCCACCCACUCACACUAAAGAAACCGACAACAUUAGCUACAUACCCCUAGAAUAAGAAACGUCUCCAGCG